CCAUAGAGGCUGCUGUAUUCUAUUGAAGAAGAUGUCUAACAGUAACACUACUCAAGAGACUCUGGAAAUAAUGAAAGAAUCGGAAAAAAAACUGGUGGAAGAAUCUGUAAACAAAAACAAGUUUAUAUCUAAGACUCCAAGCAAGGAAGAAAUUGAGAAAGAGAGUGAAGAUACCAGUUUGCGUCAGGAGACACAGAGGCGGACAUCUAACCACGGUCAUGCCAGGAAAAGAGCCAAGUCAAAUUCCAAGCUGAAGUUGGUGCGCAGCCUUGCAGUGUGUGAGGAGUCCUCUUCCCCGUUUGCUGACGGGCCACUAGAAACCCAGGAUAUAAUUCAGUUGCACAUCAGCUGCCCCUCUGACAAGGAGGAAGAAAAGUCCACAAAGGAUGUCUCUGAAAAGGAAGACAAGGACAAAAACAAAGAAAAGGUCCCAAGGAAGAUGCUGUCUAGAGACUCCAGCCAAGAAUAUACGGACUCCACUGGAAUAGACCUACAUGAAUUUCUUGUAAAUACACUGAAAAAGAACCCAAGGGACAGAAUGAUGCUGCUAAAAUUAGAACAGGAGAUUCUGGACUUUAUUAAUGACAACAACAACCAGUUCAAGAAGUUCCCUCAGAUGACCUCGUAUCACCGGAUGCUAUUACAUCGGGUAGCUGCCUAUUUUGGGAUGGACCACAAUGUUGACCAAACUGGAAAAGCUGUCAUUAUCAACAAAACCAGUAACACAAGAAUCCCUGAACAGAGAUUCUCAGAACAUAUAAAGGAUGAGAAGAAUACAGAAUUUCAGCAGAGAUUCAUUCUCAAGAGAGAUGAUGCCAGUAUGGACCGAGAUGAUAACCAGAUCAGAGUUCCAUUGCAGGAUGGAAGGAGGAGCAAGUCAAUAGAAGAGAGAGAGGAGGAAUAUCAAAGGGUCCGAGAGAGAAUAUUUGCCCGAGAGACUGGCCAGAACGGAUAUCUAAAUGACAUCAGGGGGAACCGUGAGGGGCUGAGCCGCACCUCAAGCAGCCGCCAGAGCAGCACAGACAGCGAACUCAAAUCCCUGGAGCCACGGCCUUGGAGCAGCACGGACUCUGAUGGCUCUGUCCGGAGCAUGCGGCCCCCUGUCACCAAAGCCAGCAGCUUCAGUGGAAUCUCUAUCCUCACCCGGGGUGACAGCAUCGGGAGCAGUAAAGGUGGCAGUGCAGGAAGGAUCUCCAGGCCAGGUAUGGCGCUAGGUGCCCCAGAAGUGUGCAGCCAGGUCACCUCAUCCCAGUCUGUCCGGGGCCUUCUCCCUUGUACUGCCCAGCAGCAGCAGCCGCAACAGCAACUUCCUGCUCUCCCACCCACGCCUCAGCAGCAGCCACCCUUGAAUAAUCACAUGAUCUCACAGACAGAUGAUCUCAGCAACCCCUUUGGACAAAUGAGCCUUAGCCGUCAAGGUUCUACCGAAGCAGCUGACGCAUCCUCAGCUCUGUUCCAGCCCCCACUUAUCUCCCAGCACCCUCAGCAGACUAGCUUCAUCAUGGCUUCUACAGGACAGCCCCUCCCUACUUCCAGCUAUUCCACCUCUAACCAUGCACCACCUACUCAGCAAGUCCUGCCACCCCAGGGCUACAUGCAGCCCCCUCAGCAGAUCCAGGUUUCUUACUAUCCCCCUGGACAGUAUCCUAACUCCAACCAGCAAUAUCGACCUCUCUCUCACCCGGUGGCCUACAGCCCCCAACGUGGUCAACAGCUGCCUCAGCCAUCCCAGCAACCUGGUUUACAGCCCAUGAUGCCUAACCAGCAGCAGGCGGCUUACCAAGGCAUGAUUGGGGUCCAGCAGCCACAGAACCAGGGCCUGCUCAGCAGCCAGAGGAGCAGCAUGGGGGGCCAGAUGCAAGGCCUGGUGGUUCAGUACACUCCACUGCCUUCUUACCAAGUCCCAGUGGGUAAUGACUCGCAAAAUGUGGUCCAGCCGCCUUUCCAGCAACCCAUGCUGGUCCCUGCGAGCCAAUCUGUGCAAGGGGGCCUCCCAGCAGGGGGCGUACCAGUGUAUUACAGCAUGAUCCCUCCAGCUCAGCAGAACGGUACAAGCCCUUCUGUGGGGUUUCUGCAACCUCCUGGCUCUGAGCAGUACCAGAUGCCUCAGUCUCCCUCUCCCUGCAGUCCACCACAGAUGCCACAGCAGUACUCAGGAGUGUCACCUUCUGGACCAGGUGUGGUGGUCAUGCAGCUGAAUGUCCCUAAUGGGCCCCAGCCCCCCCAGAACCCAUCCAUGGUCCAGUGGAGUCACUGUAAAUAUUACAGCAUGGACCAGCGGGGGCAGAAACCUGGAGACCUGUACAGUCCUGACAGCAGCCCCCAGGCCAACACACAAAUGAGCAGCAGCCCUGUCACAUCUCCUACUCAGUCUCCAGCACCCUCCCCUGUCACCAGCCUCAGCAACGUCUGCACAGGACUCAGUCCCCUUCCUGUCCUCACACAGUUCCCCCGUCCUGGGGGUCCAGCACAGGGUGAUGGUCACUACUCCCUCUUGGGCCAGCCAUUACAGUACAAUCUGUCCAUCUGCCCUCCCUUGCUCCAUGGCCAGUCAACUUACACGGUGCACCAGGGACAGAGUGGAUUGAAGCAUGGAAACCGGAGCAAGAGGCAAGCACUCAAAUCUGCCUCCACUGACCUGGGGACAACAGACGUUGUCCUGGGACGGGUGCUGGAGGUGACAGAUCUCCCUGAGGGCAUCACCCGUACCGAGGCGGACAAACUCUUCACUCAGCUUGCCAUGUCUGGCGCCAAGAUCCAGUGGCUCAAGGAUGCUCAGGGGCUGCCUGGUGGGGGUGUGGGGGACAACGGUGGGACUGCUGAGAAUGGCCGCCACUCGGACCUUGCUGCCUUGUACACCAUCGUGGCUGUGUUCCCCAGCCCUCUGGCUGCCCAAAAUGCCUCCCUUCGCCUCAACAACUCUGUGAGUCGCUUCAAACUUCGAGUGGCCAAAAAGAACUAUGACCUGAGGAUCCUGGAGCGAGCCAGCUCCCAAUAAAUGGAGGAGAAGAAAGGACCAGCAUGGCAGGGGUGGGGCAGGGUAGAGGGGGUCAAGGGGUCCUGUCAGACCACAGACAGAGGCAGAAGGUAAGGUAAGGUCCACAGACAGACACUAAACUGGAGCCUAAGACAGUAGGGAUGAAGAUGGAAACAGAGACAGACACUCACACUGGCACUGAACUCUUUCUCACUCCCCUGCCAAGGGUCCCUCUUUUUCCCUGGUUGGCCCCAUGUCUGCUUCCCUCUCCUUCCCAUCCUCUUCUAUGAUUUUUUUUAUCUCUUCUCUCACCAUGAAAUUAAUUCUUUCAUAUUUUUUGGUCAGGUAGAAUUGGGAGGGUCCCAUACUCCCAUGUUCUCCUAUUUCCUUACCAUCCCAAGCUCCCUUUUCUUUUUUGGUCCUUAUGAAUAUAUUUAUAUGGACAGAAUUAAGAAAGAUGAAAUUGAUUUCCCCUUUCUCCCACCCCAUCUUAUCUCCCCAAACCCCACAGAGUUAAAACUUGGGCCUCCCUCCACCCCCCAGAACACUUGUAUAUUGUUUGUUUGAGGUUUGUGCUGCAGUAACAGACACAGUAUUUAAUUGCACAUACAGAUGUUUGCUGGGUAUAUUCACUGUAAAUUUUAUUUAAUCUGAUUUUUUGUUUGUUGGGGGGUUCUUCGGGUGGGGGGGUUGAUUUUGUUUUUAUAUAUAAAAAAAAAAUCUGUCACUGGA